UUCCUGCUGCUGAGCCGAGGAGCAGUUGUUGACUGUGUGGCCUGACUUCACUACGAGCUGCUGAUUGUUAAAUACAUGAAAUAAUGAGCUGCUGUCUUCAGCUUUAAAGGUUGGAGCACGAGACCACACUGGGAGACGGUCUGGAGGGGUGUAUCUGGGUCUGUUAGCGGCGGGCUAACAUGCUGUGCUGGGGGAAUGCUUCGUAUGGUCAGCUGGGUUUGGGAGGAAUCGAUGAAGAGAUCGUCGUCGAGCCUCGGAGGUGUGAAUUCUUCGAUGGAAAGUGUGUGCGUGACGUCGGGUCCGGCCACAGACACACCGUCUUCCUGUUGGAGGAUGGGACGGUUUACACCUGCGGCUGCAACGACCUGGGACAGCUAGGACACGACAAGUCCAGGAAGAAACCAGAGCAGGUGGUGGCUCUGGACGCUCAGAUCAUCGCCGCAGUGGCAUGCGGUCAGUCUCACACGCUCGCGGUGAACGAUAAAGGUCAGGUGUUCUCGUGGGGUUUGGGCUCAGACGGACAGCUUGGCCUCCAUAACUUUGAUGAAUGUGUUCGUGUGCCUCGAAAUAUAAAGACUCUGUCGGACGUUCAGGUCGCUCAGGUAGCCUGCGGGUACUGGCACUCCCUCGCUCUCUCCAGAGGGGGUCAUGUUUUCUCGUGGGGACAGAAUCGGUUCGGACAGCUCGGUCUGGGAAUGAAUGGACAGAGUAUCUGUUCUCCUCAGAUCAUUCAGUCUCUGCAGGGUGUUCCUUUUGCUCAGAUAACAGCAGGGGGCGCUCACAGCUUUGCCCUCACGUUGUCGGGGGCGGUGUUCGGAUGGGGGCGAAAUAAGUUUGGACAGCUGGGACUCAAUGACAGAAACGAUCGCUGUUUUCCAUCUCUGCUGAAGUCGCUCAGAUCUCAGAGAGUGAUUUUUAUCUCCUGCGGAGAGGAUCACACCGCGGUGCUCACUAAGGAAGGAGGCGUGUUUACAUUUGGAGCCGGAGGAUACGGACAGCUGGGACACAACUCCACCAACCAUGAGAUCAACCCCAGGAAGGUGUUUGAGCUCAUGGGGAAUGUCGUCACACAGAUUUCCUGCGGGAGGCAGCACACGCUGGCUUUCACGCCGGCUUCAGAAAAGAUGGACUCAUUUGGACUCGGGGGAAACGGGCAGCUCGGCACUCGCUCCACCUGUAACAGAAAGAGCCCUGCGCCUGUCAAAGGGCCCUGGGCCUGCUCACCUGCUUCCGUGGACUCAGACUCUGAGCAGGUUUGCUGUGUGAAGAAGAUUUAUGCAGGAGGAGACCAAAGCUUUGCUCACUAUCGCACAAACAAUAGUCCUGACGAGGUGUCGGUCACAGAUCCAGACAGGAAGCUCUGCUGUCUGAAUGAAGACACGAUUCGGAGAUGGUUGUACCAUUCGUCAGGACGGCUCCCCGCGGAAGUGUCCAAUGAAAUCGACCUCGUGUUUUCAUCAGCGAGCUGCCUGAACGGAUCCUUUCUAUCAAUCAGUAAUCCGGAUCACUUCAGUACGAGCUCUAAGAGUCCGGGUGUUGACAUGAACAAAGCUCGCCUCCUGUUUCACAGGUUGAUCACAAAUGAUCGCCCGGAGAUCAAUCAGCAGAUUGCUGCCAGUCUGGAGAAGAACCUGAUUCCCAGGUUGAGUUCUUCUCCUCCAGACGUUGAAGCUCUGAGACUCUUCGUCACGCUGCCCGAGUGUCCUCUCUUCAGAGACCGGAAUAACUACGUCACCAUCACCAUCCCGUUCGCCCGCUCGGUGAUCAGCCUGAAGCAGCCUCCCCUGAAGGUGCUCGGAAACUGGUGGUCUACCUUCGAGGGCCCGGUGUUCCAGCACCUGGUGGAGUUGUAUAAGGAGGUGGUGGUUUACCUGCUGCAGAUGCACAAAGUCGGGAUUCCUUCAGCAGAGCAGAGAAUCUUCACCUGUUUCCUCGACACGUCGCUGCGUCUGCUGGAGAUCCUUCACACCGUGAGCGAGCGAGCCGGUCACAUCAUCCAGUACGAUAAGUUCUACAUCCACGAGUUGGACGAGCUGAUCGACAUCAGGAACGACUACGUGAGCUGGGUCCAGAGGCAGAUGUUACCCAUGGGUCAGGACGGCGUGUUCACUCUGUGCAGGUUCCCGUUUGUGUUUGACGCUCAGGCAAAGACGACGCUGCUGCAGACGGACGCCGUGAUCCAGAUGCAGAUGGCGGUGGAUCAGGCUCAGAUGCAGAACUUCAGCUCCAUGUUCAUGCCGGCGGUGGAGUCGGUGAAUCCGUGUCUCAUCCUGAUCGUCCGGAGGGAAAACAUCGUAGGAGACACGAUGGAGGUCCUCAGGAAGUCCAAGAACGUGGACUACAAGAAACCGCUGAAGGUGAUAUUCGUGGGGGAGGAGGCGGUGGACGCAGGCGGCGUGAGGAAAGAGUUUUUCCUCUUGAUCAUGAAAGAGCUGCUGGACCCUAAAUAUGGGAUGUUUCGUUACCAUGACGACUCAAGGCUCAUCUGGUUUUCAAACAAGACGUUUGAAGACAUCGACCUGUUUAAUCUGAUCGGGGUAAUCUGCGGCCUGGCCAUCUAUAAUCUGACUAUCGUGGAGCUGAACUUCCCUUUGGCUCUUUACAAAAAGCUGCUGAAGAAGAAACCCAACCUGGACGACCUGAAGGAGUUAAUGCCUGACGUUGGAAGGAGUCUGCAGCAUUUACUGGACUACACAGAGGACGACCUGGAGGACACCUUCUGUCUGAACUUUACCAUCACAGAAGAAAACUACGGAGCCACGGAGGUGUUUGAACUCGCUCCAAACGGCGAGAACAUCAACGUGAAUAAAUCCAACAGGCAGGAUUUCGUCAACGCGUACGUGAAUUACGUCUUCAACACGUCGGUGGCUCCGCUGUUCGAGUGUUUCUACGCCGGCUUUCAUAAAGUGUGCGGAGGGAAAGUUCUGGAGCUCUUCCAGCCGAACGAACUUCAGGCCAUGGUGAUCGGAAACACCAACUAUGACUGGACGGAGCUCCAGAAGAGCACCGAGUACAAAGGAGAGUACUGGGCCGAUCAUCACACCAUCAGACUCUUCUGGGAAGUUUUCCACGACCUUCCUUUAGAGAGGAAGAAGCAGUUUCUGUUGUUCCUCACAGGAAGUGACCGGAUCCCCAUCCUGGGCAUGAAGAACCUGAAGUUAGUGAUUCAGCCCACAGGUGGAGGCGAACAUUACUUACCUGUCGCUCACACCUGCUUCAACCUCCUCGACCUGCCAAAGUACACGAGUUCACAAACUCUAAGACAGAAACUGUUACAGGCCAUCGAUCACAAUCAGGGAUUCAACCUGGCCUGAGGACUUUCACCUGAUGUUAGAAACACUCCUGAAGUUCAGACGGAGAGAGGGAAGUCUGAGAAGACGGGGAGACGAUAAAGACGGGGAGACGCUGGAGACAAUAAUAUUUUGGAGAUGCUAAAAACGAGGAGAUGCUAAAGACGAGGAAACAAUAAAGACAAGCAGACACUGGAGACAAUAAUAUUUGGGAGACGAUAAUAACGGGAAGAUGCUGAGAUGAUGAAGAUACAGGAGACAAAAAACGAGGAGACGCUAAAGACUUAAAAGAAUUGGAGACGAAAAAGACGCUCGAGUUGAUAAAAACUGGACAAGAUAAAAACAAGAAGACGCUGGAGUCAAAAAAGACGGGGAGACGGUAAAAAUGAGAUGGCAAAAGCGGGGACAAGAUAAAAACGGGGAGACGAUAAAGACAGGAAGACGCUGGAGUCAAAAAAGACUGGGAGACAGUAAAAAACAAGAUGAUAAAAGUGGGAACAAGGUAGAGAUGGGAGACGAUAAAGACAGGAAGACGCUGGAGACGCUCAAAUUUGGGAGAUGAUGAAAGCAGGAAGACGACAAAAACGGAGGAAGGAUAAAAACAGGGAAGACAAGGAUCUGAUUAAGACUGGAAGACUAGGGGGACGAUAUAAAUUGAGAGACAAUAAAAACAGGAAGACAAUAAUUUGGAGACGCUGGAGACGCCGAUUAACGAUCAAGACUGUCAGAGUGGUGUUGGGUUUAAAGCUUGUUGAUGCCAUGUCAGUAUUUCAGACUUGCGUUGAAUCAGUCCUCAGAGAGGACAGGUGUGAUCUGCCGUUCUUCAUAUUAAACGAUGAUGAUGAUGAUAAAGGUAAAACAUGCAGUGUGAAAACAGCGACAUAAACAUCUUGACAUGAAGUCACCUGCAACAAGAUUCAUAAUGAGAGGAUCAAUAACCUUAAUAAAUCAAUAAUUAUCAAAGAUAGUACAGGAGUAAGACCCCGGGUCUCUGCAGGUGGUCUUCAUGUCUCAGAGUUUAGACUGUUUUCAUCCUGUGAACACAUCCAGACUGUUUUUACUUCUGAGAGCUGAGCUUACUGUCCUCAGCUGUGAGCCUUAACGACGACGACACAAAGACUGACCAGCUGCUGAAAUAAACAGUUACAUGGAGACAAAA